CAGCGCCAAGCCUCAUUCGAUCGGAGGCAGGUUGCUUUGCGAUUCACAUGCUGCACGCUGCGCCGAAGCACAUGGUCAUCACUACACACAGCCUAGCGAGCUCAGUUCGUGCUUAUGCGAAUCAGUCAAGCUCAAAGGCCUGAGAGAGAAAGGAAAGGCCUUGCGACUAAAUCGUCCGAUUCAUUGGUUUCGCCUGCCAACUGAAAAUGGCUAACGAACUCCCUGACGGGCUGGGAUCGGAGUCUACAUGUAUAUCGGGCUCGUUCUCCAGUGAAAUCACCCACUACCUGCUGGUUGUGGUUGGAGAGCCUCUCAGCCAAGAAUACGUGGAUCCAGCCCUUGCAGACGUGGAAAAAGCUCUGCAGUGUUGGGAUGUGGAUGAUUCUGCUAUCGGGUAUGAUUCUGUGUUGCAAGCAACAGCAGCAGCUGAUGUCCACAAGGUCGGGCUCGUUCACAGGAGCUUGGCUCAUUGUGGUACUAGUGUUGGUGUGGUCAUAUUGGUCAAUCCCACAUCUGGCGAGGUGACUGCCGAGCUUCGCAACCUCCUCAUCCAUCCUGCAUCCAACAAACAUCUCAUCUUUGGCGGCCAUUGGCUUGAAGGGAGCGGGGACUGGGUGUUACACAAUGACACCUUCACCCUGCAUGAUAUCGCCGCCAUCUUCAGCGAGCCGGAGGUGGAUGCUGCUGUCCUGAAAGCCUCGCAGGAUGACAGGCAGACCCUGGUGGUGUCUGGAUGCCGUUGGCAGACUGCGGCGGUCACUAAGCAGACAUUCACCAAGAGCCUCAAUCUCACGAUCAACCCCCAGGAGGUCAAGAAUGCCAUGGCAGGCAUUUCUCUGGUCCUGCAGACCAUCCGCAACAACAUCCAGAUCCCCUCGCCCUUUGAGCUUCUGGAGCCACCCACCAUGGGCGUUGGCGUCAAGUGCAAGAUCACCAAGCCCACUGUGCUAAUAUUCCCGGCAGGAAAAGGAGACUGUGCCUUCUUUGCUGUCACCGACUUCAGCAUUUUUCUCGGCGGGGGCUACUGCACCAAGAGCUGCUUCUGGAAGUUUGCCAAGCAUCUGCACAGAAUUGACGCCAUCAUGGCCCAGCACAUGCAGCCUGACUCUUUGGUGGGAUUCAACAGUCUCCUGAAGAGAAAGAUAGCCGAGCAGCAGCUGACAGAGCCUGAGAAGGGAUCAGAGGAGCAUGAGGACUGGCUAAUCAAAUGCAACUCGCCCGAGGUGGGAGUGGUCUACCUGAAUGCCCCCGAGAACAAGAAAUCAGCAACAAGUCUUCAGCUUAAGACAGUCAGCCAGGGGAACCUCACACAGCAGCUGCUUCAAGAACUUGAAAUCAAGCCAUUUUCUUGCACAGCCAACAUUGGCAAAAUUAUUGAGCCUGUCACUCUCUAUCAGAAAGUCGGUAUAGGCCGUCUGGAUAUGUUUAUCUUAACCCCCGUCCAUGAUAGUAAGGAGCUGAAAGAUUUCAUGCAGCAAUGGAGUGGCAAUAAAGCAUUCUCUAAGGUAAAAAUUGGAAUGAAAGUGAAUGGGAAAGAGAGUGAGUAUCCCAUUUCUAGUGCUGUUUCCAUUUGUGCUCUGAUUGUCUGGCAGCCAGCUAAUCCCCAUGAAGAUAUUGUCAAAGUCUUGUUCCCAGGAAAUGCGCCUCAGACUAAAAUAUUGGAAGGUCUCGACAGACUGAAGCAUCUGGACUACCUGAAGUACCCGCAUGUAACCGCUGCAAAGUUGACCAAGGGUGGUGCUCCUCUUAAGAAGAAGUCUCCUACUGCUGGAGGAAAAACUCCACCUAAAGCCAAUGGCCCAACAGCGUCAGUUACUGUCACUUCCAGUAACGAGGCUACAUGUACUGAUGGUAUCCAUUGUGGGACGCCUCCCCCGGAGGUACAAGGUGAAUGCACAGAUGGAAAAAACUGCAACACACCACCUCCUUGUCCUGAUGGCCUCUGUUGCGGGACUCCGCCUCCUGAUGGGAAAUGCAAGGAUGGUUUGGGCUGUAACACGCCCCCUCCAGACACUGAAGAGGGUAGUGGUGUAUGCUCUGAUGGAAAGAACUGUAACACACCUCCUCCAGAGGAAAGUGAUGGCCAGUGCUGUGAUGGAAAGCACUGUGGUACUCCGCCUCCUGAAAAUGAAUAUGAUGAGGAUGCCUGCAACAAGUUUGUGCCAAUUGAACCAUACAAGUGCACUGACGGUGCCAACUGUAACACCCCACCUCCGGAAGGGGAUGUCAUGUUCACUGAUGGUAAUCAUUGCAGCACCCCACCUCCAGAAGAUGAUGGAGUGAUGGACACUCAAGAGUCACCAGUUGAUAAUGAGCCACAGGCAACUGUACAGGGUGAUAUAUGUGGGAACCUCAUGGACAGCAACUUGCCGGAAAGCCAGCAGGACAUGGGAGCUUUCGUGUAUGUUGGCACACCAGAUGCAUUUGAUAACAAGCAGUCAGAUGCUCCCGAGAGGUUGGCUUCAGGGGAAAUCACCCCUAGUGACCAGGUUGAGUAUGGCGACGAAUCUCCAAAUGAUGGCUCUUUUGUCUUUGAAGCAGAGGCUGGCUCUAAGGUGCCAGCUCCAGUACCUUCAGGUUUUGGAGACUAUGCUGAGGAGGAUCAUGUUGAAGCUGCUGCUCCUGGAGAGUUUGGUGGUGGAUUUGAGAAGAAGAGGGAUCUGUCUGAUGAUGAGUCACCUACAAAUGGAAACCAAGGCAGUGGAGCUUUUGACGACGAGUCUGGCUCACCAAAUGGAGGACCACAUCCUUGGGAACCUCGAAUUGAGUUCUCUUCUCCGGACCAAGAACCGGACGACAGCUAUUUAGUUGAAGAACCUCGUCCUGAGGCAGAUUUCCAUGAAGAGCAGAUUAAGCAAGCUUCUUUCCCCGAGAUUCCGCCCCCUGUGGUCCCCUCUAAUGGUGGGAGUGCUGUAGAAGAGAUGGAAGCCCAGGCAAGCUCGCAAGAAUAUGCUCAGGGUAUUCAGUAUGAGCAGCAGGAAGACAUUGCAGAGGAUGAAGAAGAGGACUCCUCAGAAGCAUCUCAGGCAUCAGAGAUAGAGGUCAAACCUGACCAGCAGCUUGCUGAGGCUGAAAACCAAAUGAUGUAUGAGGAGCCAGCUCCAGUCUCUCAAAUGAUGCCAGAAGAUAGCCAAGUUGCAGAGGAUGGCCGCAGUGAAGAGCAAGGGCAGAUUCCAGAUGUAGAGGGGAAUGUUGUAGAAAUGGAAGCUAAAGAUCAAGAGAUUUCAGGGCAAUUUGACGUCACAUCAGAAGAACCUCAACCAGUUCAGGGACUUGGGGAUGAAGAAAAUCAGUAUGUAAUGCAGCCUGACGUGCAACAAGUAACAGAGCAAGAAGUUGCUGCAGGUGAAUCUGAGCAACUUCAGGCUGAAAUCAGAGGUGAACCAGUUGUUGAAAUCCAGUCAUCAGAAGGGCAGGAAGAAGUGCUUGCUGGUAGGGAAGAGGAAGAACAUGAAGAGAUGGAAACUGGACAUGCAGAAAGCGUGGAAUCCCCAGCCCCAGAGGAAGACCAGGAUCAAGUAGUACCAGAGGGUGAAUAUGAAGAGUAUGUACCACCACCAGACGUCCCUGUGACAGAAGCCUGGAGUCAAGAAGGCCAACAGGAGAUCAACCAAAAUUUCAUGAUACCUGAUGAGUUUUCUGGUGGUAGGGUACAGGAAAGCCUUCAACCUGAAGAAAUGGGUUCCCAGCUGGCAGAGAUAAGCCCAGAAGCAGAAGAGAUAAGCCCAAAAGCAGAAGAGAUAAGCCCAAAAGCAGAAGAGAUAAGCCCAGAAGCAGAAGAGAUAAGCCCAGAUGCAGAAGAGAUAAGCCCAGAAGCAGAAGAGAUAAGCCCAGAUACAGAAGAGAUAAGCCCAGAAGCAGAAGAGAUAAGCCCAGAAGCAGAAGAGAUAAGCCCAGAUUCAGGAGAGAUAAGCCCAGAUGCAGAAGCGAUAAGCCCAGAAGCAGAAGAUAUAAGCCCAGAUGCUGAAGAUAUAAGCCCCCAGCCUGAAGAUUUCAGCCCCCAACCUGACGAUAUUAGCCCCCAGCCUGAAAAGAUUAGCCCCCUGCCCGAAGAGGUUAGCCCUCAGCCUGAAGAGAUCAGCCAGGAGCCAGGAGAAAAUAGCCAACAUCCAGAAGAGAUAAGUCUGCAGCCAGAAGCUGAUAUCAAUGAAAACAGACAGAUUGCAGUCGAAGAGGUGAUGCUGCUUGAAGAGACUAGCUUGCAACCAGAAGCAGAGGCUGUGUUAGAGAGCUCUGAAAGAGAUUCAGAGGACCUUGUUCACUUUGGAGAUGAGGUACCACCAAGUGAGCCUGCUAGCCAUCCGUACCAAUCGGAAGACAUGGAACAAGCGGCACAAGAACAUCCUCAAGUCAUUGAGAGAGAACCUGAGGAAGGCCCUGAGACGGUUGAGGAAUACUCUCCAUUUGAAGCGCAAGAUGUUCCCAGCACGUUAAUUUCUGAGCCAGUUUCAGAUACAUUUACACAGCUACCUGUACCAGCUCAAGAAGCACAGCAAGAGAUCAUAGGAGAGCCUGUUUCUGACUACGAUGUGGAAGCAGCUUAUAACCAAGAGGUUAUACAGGAGGAGUCAUCGAUACCCGAUCAACAGUCCUCAUCUGAGCCUCUCUUGGAUUCUCUUUCUGAGCCUCAGUCAGAAAAAGAGCCUGACUCUCUCUCUGAGCCCCAUAUUGAUGUUGAGUUUGAAGAAGAGGCAACCAAAGGAGAAGUUGAGCCUGUGGAGAUGUCAGCACCUGCCCAGGAACCCUCUCUCUCUGAGCCCCAUAUUGAUGUUGAGUUUGAAGAAGAGGCAACCAAAGAAGAAGUUGAGCCUGUGGAGAUGUCAGCACCUGUCCAGGAACCCUCUCCUUCAGAACCGGAACCCGAACCUAUCAAAGAGCCAUCUCCACAGCCUAGCCCUGAGCUUCAGCAUGAACCUGUCGUUGAACCAUCUCCGCAACCUACUCCAGAAUCCCAACUUGAACCGCAACCUUUGAUGGGGGCCACUGAACAGUCUGCAGAGCCAGAACCAGAACCCAAGCCCGCUGCAGUUCCGGAAAUUGCGGCAAAGGCAGCUUCAUCAGUCAGUACCACAACCAAGGUUACAACCAAGACAUCCACGACAACGUCCAGUGCUACCAAGAAGCCUGCCGACAAGGGAGCAAAAACCAAGGGUACCACCAAGACUACCACAAGAGACAUCAAGACCACCACAAAAACCAAGACAUCUGUAGUGACAGAGAAGAAAUCCACCACAAAGACACCUGGCACCAAGAAGCUAGAGGUAACAGGAGCUGCCAAGAGGCGGACCACUGGGACUGAGCCCAAAGCUGCUGCAGAGAAGAAAACUCCAACAGAAAAGAAAACACCCACCGAAAAGAGAACACCAACAGAGAAGAAAACCUUUGAAAGGAAGUCUCUGGCUGAGAGAAAAACCGUAGCAGCAGAGAAGAAGCCAAGUCGACUCUCGGCAACGAAGACCCCAGCAGCUCGCCCACAGACAUCAAAUCGAGACAAGUCUCCUGGCAAGGUCUUGGAGAAGCAUGCAGCUGCUUCUGUGUCGACAAGCAGCAGCAGCCACACCAGCCGAACAAAAACCAAUGGCAUUGGAGACACCAAGCCCACCCCGACCAAACGGCUGGCACCCAGUCAGGUGACAACCAGGACCACGCCCAAGGCCAGCACGCAGAGACCGACAGGCUCCAAAGCUCCCAGUAGUGCCAGAAAGUCGACAGAACCAGCCAAGAGAGAGUCUGAUAGGUUCACCAGGUCGGCCCCAAGCAAGGCGGGAGAUUCCAGGAGAUCAGACAGUAGCAAGAGGCCACUGUCUUCCAAGACAAGCACCAGCACAUCAAAAGCCCAGGCCAUCCCCAUCAGCGGGCCAUCUGUCUAUGUAGAUCUCACAUAUAUUCCACAUCACGCAAGUGAGGACUCGGUCAACAUGGAGUUCUUCCGGCGCAUCAGAUCCAAGAAUUACGUCCUGAGCGCCAACGACAAAGGUCGCAACCAGCCUAGCGUGACGGUCAUGGAUUCCCUGCUGGAAGCCAAGUCCAAGUGGGAGGACCCCGAGGCGGAGGUCACAGUCAUCCCGACCUAUGACACUGAUGCCCUGCAGGAGUGGGAGCAGAAAAAUGUACAGCAGCUAAGCGAUUCAAAGAUCACCAUCUCCCAGCCGGCCAGCCGGAGCAUUGUGCAGAUGAAAGAUGAGAACUUCUUCAUGUACAAAGUGGAGUUCUGAUGAGAGUAGUGAUUUCUUGGCGCUUGGAGCUCAAGUGGUUCUGGACAUAGUCUUUCAGCAGUCACACUUGCAGCUCAUUCAGCAUGUUGUCUGUCUUACAUAGUUUCUCUACAUGUGACACAAUCACACUCGCACGUGUACUUAAUUUGAUGGAAAAAAGUGAUGUGAAUCAGUAUUUCAUUGCAGUUUAUUUGAAGUAAAAUGCUAGAAUUGCAAUGCAAAAUAAAGCUUUGCAUUGCUAUUAAUUUACAUGUGCAUCAGCUAUCGAACAUACAUUUAAAAAUCUUAGUCAUGUUAGAAGAGCAUACAGUUUAAUGUUAGAACUUGCCCGCCCAAUGUUGCUUGAUUUCGAGUUUGAAAUAUAUUCAGAAAUAAUUAAGGUAGAGUUUUGUUUGAGUUUUUACUUGUCGACUAAUAUUGUGACAUAGUGUCAAAAUAAUUCAAAAUGGAAUUAAGACUCUUGCCGGAUUGCUUAGAUUAGUGCCAAAACUAGUGCUAUGGAUUUUAAAUUUAAUAACUCACUUUCUUUUCGCAAAUAAAUGAAAUAAUUCUGUACCUGUACUAUACAAAUGCAUUUGUUGUUGCAUGAAUUUGAAUUACAUUAAUAGUGUGGUUUGCUCACAUUAAUGACUUGUAAAAAUGGAAUAAACAUAUUUUGAGUGAUGGAGCAGUUGAAGAGGUAUCCUGUUGUAGGAACUGAUUUCAGAGCUUACAAUAAUGGACCAAAGUAAGGAAAGAAACAAAACAAAACAAAAUAAAAAUAAUAGAAUAAAAUAUACCUAAAAGACUUGUUUACACACCGCUUCCAGUGUUGGAAGGGCUUAUAUUCAAUAGAUGCGAUUUUUAUCCCUUAGACCUUUCUUUUGUUAACAGACAUUGACUACCAUUUUAUACAAAUGGCCAAAGUUUACAGAAUGUUUGAACACCCUUGUAUGGCAGUAGCCGUUACCUCAAAACAUACAUUAAAUUCAUCAAUGUUAAAAGAGGGAGCUUAGGGGGGUAUUUCAUUUAGUAUCAGUAUUCAUUAUUAUUGAGUUUUAGUGGCCAUACCGGUAGUUUACAGAUUGCCAAUUGGCAAAAACUAGAGUACGAUGUGGCAAAAGAAAGGUCCAUAUAAAUGCAGAUGAGUUUGCAAUUGGCUGACAAGUUAGCAGAAAUUUUCAGAGUUUUUCUUGCAGCCUGAAGCAAAAAAAAAGAGAAAAAAUACAAUACAGCCUUGGAGGUAGACAGUUUCAUGUUACCAAGAAAGUGACAAAUAGCCUAUGCCAGCAUUAAAGCACAGAAAUUGAUGUUCUCAGUACCGUGUCAACAUUCCCUAGUUGGUUUACUUUUAUUGCUGUAAAUGUGGCAUUGGAUAAUUGCCAGUUUCUCACAAACACACGCACAGUAGCUCUUCAGUGAAGAGUAUGAAAAAGAUGUGCUUAGGUGUGAGUUGGAAUAGAGCCGUUAUUGUUUAAUGCUUGCCCGGAAUACAGUGUCUGUUGCUACUCAGACUAACAGCUGUUUGUGUGGAACUGUUUUGCUGUGCACAAGCACUUUAGAAACACUGAAGGAGAAUUUAACUUGCGACCAGAAACUACAGAAGGUGGCUGGUUAAAUGGUGUGACUAGUUUUGUGCUGACUUCCAGAUAUUGAUACUGGUUUUGUGCGUGCACUUUAUCAAAACUGGUAGAUGUUUUGUUCAGUGUGCAACUUCGUGGUACAUUAAAAGGAAGCUGGACACAUUAUACAGAAGAUCAAUAUUUUGUCCAUGUAAGUUGCUGACAAGUUAGUAAUGUUUGACAUGCUUUUGCUAUCUUUUGAGUCAGACAACACAGAGUUACAGAAAAUCUGAAAAGCGUGGAAAAGUACAUGUAAGUUGUAACCAACAUGUGCACAACUCGAGCUUCAGGGGAAAAAAAUUGGGUAAAUUGAGUGGGAAAAAUACAUGAAAUCUAUGUAGUAUUUUAGUAAUAUGUAGUCCACCAUGAAUGUGCAUGUGUUACAUGUAAUUUGAUAAUCUGCUUCGAUGUCAAGCUGGUGAUUGUUAUGCAAUGUGUUUCAUGUGCCUUUAAGAGAAAAAAGUUUAAUGUAUAUUGUGUCAUCCCAGUGACUGACCUGUUAUUUUGUUGAUUGUUGUUGGAAUAGGGGAGUAAAUGGGGAAAAAAGAAAAUAACAUGCCAAAGGUAAUGUAUGAUAUGAUCUAAAAUACUGUGCAAGUUUGAUUAAGAAAAACAAAUGACUGACAGGGUUUCUAGGAUGUCAAUACGAAAUCUUAAAAGGUGUUUUAUUUUGUUUGUAGUUCGGCUGUUUUGUUAACAAAAUUGUACGCCUGAAAUGGAAUUUUGAAUAUGUAAACAACUGUUUAACAUGUUUACAAAACAGAGAAAUUGUGUGGAACAACAAACUUGUCAUGGUGCAUGCACGUUUAGCUAAUAGUUUUUUUCUAGGUGCAUCACAUGAUCGGAAGAAUUUGAAACAUGAAUUUUGAAGUCCAAUGAUAUUAUUAAUGCAGUUAGUGUCAGUACUUUGUAAAACAAUGUAAAAAAAAAUGCAACUGACGUUCUUGGGUUUGCUUUCUAGACUUGUGGUAGGAGAAAUUGUCACAAUUAUACAUGUAGGUUUUAGCAUGCUGUAAAAACAAUUUCCUAAAAAAUCAAGAAAAAACAAGUUUAGCUUUCAUAGGGGUGAUUCUGGUAAAAACACUGUUUUUAGGAAGAUCGGCAAUACCUCGGGGAUGCCAGUCUUCAGGGAAAAGCCUGAUUUCAGGCUUUGUGGAAAUUGUUUGGCUUAUUUUAGGCGUUUAAAAAGAUACAUGCACUGGUACAUGUACAUGCACAUGUAUGCAUAUUUCGGCUUCUCCAGCCUUCAUUUGAGGCUGUGGACAAGACCUUGACUGGCAUCUCUGAAUACCUGACUUUGGGGGGCAUGAACACGUUGUCUUUACAUGGAUGACAUUGUCAGUUGAAUUUACAUGUAAAGUGGUAGUGGCCGCAUGAUGAUGACAUCGUAGACAUACAUGUACAUGUAGAAUUAGGAACUUCAGUGGCAAUAUUUGUGCUAUGGCAGUCCAGGUUUACAUGGACGUGUAGACCUCAUGGUUUGUUAUGAGCAUGCUUGUCCACCUGAAGUUCAGUAUAUGUGUAGACAAUGCUUGAAGUUUUUAGGCAUCAGUUAAUCAGUAGAACUAAUUAGUGCGCACAGGCAUGUCAGGUUGGAAACCUUAGUAAUCUUCAAGAGUAGAAUAUGUACAUGUAUGUACCUGUUAUAUUUCAUAAUGCUCAUUAAUAUUGUAGAAUAUAUAGCUGCUGGCAUGACUACAUUCAGCCUUUUUUUGUUUUAACUUGCUAAUAAUGUUGGGUUGACUAAAAGCCCAAGUUUCAUAUGUAUGAUGUACUGUUCUUCAUCAUUACAUGUAGGUAUAUGUUGUGUAACCAGUUGAUAUUGAAAAAUUGUCUUGAAAAUCUCUUCAUGUAAGAGGGUUGCACAACGAACACAGUGGUUAUUUGUAAAAGAGUAUAAACUGGAUUUUGUUUAUUCCACUGCUCUUAAAACCUCGUAGCACCACGCUGAUUCAUUCUCAAGUACAUAUAUUGACAUGUAAGCAUUUCUCUUUGAGCUUAUUUUAAGAAGCUGAUCAGCAUACGAAAAAUACCAAUGUAAGUGAACAACAUAGGUAAGCAGCGGUGUCACUGUAUACAUGCUUCUCACAGAAUAAACUCGAUUAUUCAUCACGUUGCACAUGCUCACUACUGAAAGGGCCCCAUUUGGUCGCCUUUCUUCAGAACUUUCCAUCGUGUUUGUUUCGCUGUGUCACGAGAAUGAGCAGGUUUACAGGAAUUGAAGAGCAUCCAAUUUUCCAAACUACCUUCUUUAAGGGAGCGGAUUACAGCAAUUGCAAGUGAGCUGAUCACUUAGUCAGUCUCAAACCUAGCCUGGUACAAAAUUAUAAAAAUGUUAAGAUUAAAAAAUGCUAUGCUAUAACAUACAAGUAUAUUUAGCCGCAGUACCAUCACAUACAUGUAUUGGUUCACAUGUUGCACUCUAUGUUUUAGAUCAUGUACUUGUAGUUUACAAGGGUGGGAGCCAGUGUGUAUUGAAUUGACUGCUCUGUGAUACCAGGCCCAUUUGCUCAAAAAGUCAGCCAUUAGUGAAUGCCAGUCAUUGCUGACAAACACAGUGAGAAGAGCUGCCAGGGGUUUAUUCGUGAUCAAAAUGUCUUGCAGCUGAAAGCAGGUGACAUGUGCCACAUUGGCAAACAAAAUUAAGCCUGCUCUAGCAAAUGGUCUGUGUUUAGUCAGGUGACUUGAUGUUGUAGGCGUUGGAGAGACAUGUAUCUCUGUAGCAGCUAUACUGAAAAUCUUCCUUUUUUUGACUAUCAUCCCCCAGAGGUGCUAGCUAGUUCAUAAACAUUACAAGAGACAACUGUGUGUUUUCAUUCCAUAAAUGCAAUACACUGCUGUACGUGUGAAAUUUUAUGGUCACAUUGUACAUGUAGGCCUAUUCCAUUGUAAAACAUGUCCAUGUAAGAACUUUGCUAAACUUUACAAUUGUAUCCUACCAAGUACAUGUCUUUACUUCACAAAGUUUAUAAUGUCGCAUUGUAAAAUCACAAGCCCCAAAUCACAGAUUUUAUCUCCUAUUAAAAAAUGCUGGUUCUAACUGCUCAUUCAUGUUUCAUAAAUUUAUGCAGCCGCUGAAUGAAUACUUAAACUACACUAUUCUCAACCACGUUCCAAAAGUUGUUAAAAUAUUGUACAUCAGAGUGCAUAUCUAUUCUAAUAUCAUGUAGCUGGAAACUUUAACUUGUUCCUGUUAGAAGUAUUUUUGUUAACGCUCUGUAAUUGAUUUUUAUGGCUUUUCAAUCAAUAUUUCUAAAGAUGGUUAUUUGUUUCUCACCCUUGGGAUCUGCAUUAUCAGCUGGUGUGUGUCGGCCUCAAUCAUGGAUGGUUGAUCAAACGGAAAUGUUAAUUUUCAUGCCACAUAUUUGUGCCAUUACCUCAUGCGCAGAGAUCCCAUCAGAGUGUGUACAUCCGCAGUGUGCAUGGUGCUUUAUUGUUCAUUUUUCUUCCAUUGUCUGGGACUAGGGAUGGCAAGUCAUGCUUAUCCCAUGCAAACCAUGGGUUCCCGUGCUCAUGCAUAGCCAGCCAAAUCCUCAAGGGCGUUUGGGCUGUGAGUUGGUAGGCCGUGGGCAGCGUUUGUGUAUUGUAUGUCAGCAGUUCUAGAAGAGAGAGAGGCUGACUUGAUUAGUUCCUGGCAUCAUUCAGGAGUCAGUACUGCAUCUCAUGCGUCAUGUCGCAACCACUCUGCAUAUCAUUUGUCUGGCUGGCAAGCAUUCUCUGCAUCUGAUCAGCAUAACUUGACCAAGCCCAAACCCAACUAUCCAGAAAAGAAGAAAUAAGUAACAAAAGGCAGGUCACGAGGUUACAGCUUCAAUCUGUGACCACGUAGCAUACUAUGUGAUCAAAGCAAUCGAUCAAACCCUUUGAAACUGUCCCGGUUGUACUGUAAAAUCUUCACACUACUACUCACCAGACAAAUUUGUUCAGUACGGGCAAGCUGCCUCAUCAAACACAUUACUCCUCACCGUGCAGUAUCCAGUUAAUUAUUCAAUCCUAGUCCCACUGAAAUGCAAAAUUAAUUGGGCUUUUGUGUAGAAAUGGUUUAUACAUGUAAUCGCCUGAGAGCCUGUGGUAGAGAAUAACAGAGCAAGUAUGGGUCACUGUACUUAAUUUUUAACAGUAAAAGAUUCAAGGAUAUUAUAAGGGCGGAUACAUGUAGUUCAUUGUACUUUAUUUCAUCAUACAGCUUUCAGUGCUUGAAACUUUAGUGCAGGGUUCAGUAGCAGAA